AUGGGGCAGGCGGGACCCAACACCCACCCAGCCUACGCCCACCAGCCACCAUGGGAUAUGCUAUUGUGGAUAACUGACGCCAACCCUAGGUCCAGCUUCCACCUUCAGGGGCUUCUGCUGUCUUUUCCCGCGCGAGAGUGUGCGAGAGUGUGCGAGAGUGUGCGAGAGUGUGCGAGAGUGUGCGAGAGUGUGCGAGAGUGUGCGAGAGUGUUUCAAGCUGCUGCCAUGAUGGACUUCAAGCCACAGGCGUCAGGGACUGACAGCUUCAAGCCACAAGUGUCAGGGACUGACAGCUUCAAGCCACAAGUGUCAGGGACUGACAGCUUCAAGCCACAAGUGUCAGGGACUGACAGCUUCAAGCCACAGGCGUCAGGGACUGACAGCUUCAAGCCACAGGCGUCAGGGACUGACAGCUUCAAGCCACAGGCGUCAGGGACUGACAGCUUCAAGCCACAAGUGUCAAGGACUGACAGCUUCAAGCCACAAGUGUCAGGGACUGACAGCUUCAAGCCACAAGUGUCAGGGACUGACAGCUUCAAGCCACAAGUGUCAGGGACUGACAGCUUCAAGCCACAAGUGUCAGGGACUGACAGCUUCAAGCCACAGGCGUCAGGGACUGACAGCUUCAAGCCACAGGCGUCAGGGACUGACAGCUUCAAGCCACAGGCGUCAGGGACUGACAGCUUCAAGCCACAAGUGUCAAGGACUGACAGCUUCAAGCCACAAGUGUCAGGGACUGACAGCUUCAAGCCACAAGUGUCAAGGACUGACAGCUUCAAGCCACAAGUGUCAGGGACUGACAGCUUCAAGCCACAAGUGUCAAGGACUGACAGCUUCAAGCCACAGGCGUCAGGGACUGACAGCUUCAAGCCACAAGUGUCAGGGACUGACAGCUUCAAGCCACAAGUGUCAGGGACUGACAGCUUCAAGCCACAAGUGUCAGGGACUGACAGCUUCAAGCCACAAGUGUCAGGGACUGACAGCUUCAAGCCACAAGUGUCAAGGACUGACAGCUUCAAGCCACAAGUGUCAGGGACUGACAGCUUCAAGCCACAAGUGUCAGGGACUGACAGCUUCAAGCCACAAGUGACACGGACUGACAGCUUCAAGCCACAAGUGACACGGACUGACAGCUUCAAGCCACAAGUGUCAAGGACUGACAGCUUCAAGCCACAAGUGUCAGGGACUGACAGCUUCAAGCCACAAGUGUCAAGGACUGACAGCUUCAAGCCACAAGUGUCAGGGACUGACAGCUUCAAGCCACAAGUGUCAAGGACUGACAGCUUCAAGCCACAAGUGUCAGGGACUGACAGCUUCAAGCCACAAGUGUCAGGGACUGACAGCUUCAAGCCACAAGUGUCAGGGACUGACAGCUUCAAACCACAAGUGUCAGGGACUGACAGCUUCAAGCCACAAGUGUCAGGGACUGACAGCUUCAAGCCACAGGCGUCAGGGACUGACAGCUUCAAGCCACAAGUGUCAGGGACUGACAGCUUCAAGCCACAAGUGUCAGCGACUGACAGCUUCAAGCCACAAGUGUCAGGGACUGACAGCUUCAAGCCACAAGUGUCAGGGACUGACAGCUUCAAGCCACAAGUGACAGGGACUGACAGCUUCAAGCCACAAGUGUCAGGGACUGACAGCUUCAAGCCACAAGUGACACGGACUGACAGCUUCAAGCCACAAGUGUCAGGGACUGACAGCUUCAAGCCACAAGUGACACGGACUGACAGCUUCAAGCCACAAGUGACACGGACUGACAGCUUCAAGCCACAAGUGACACGGACUCACAGCUUCAAGCCACAAGUGACACGGACUCACAGCUUCAAGCCACAAGUGACACGGACUCACAGCUUCAAGCCACAAGUGACACGGACUCACAGCUUCAAGCCACAAGUGACACGGACUCACAGCUUCAAGCCAAGUAUCAGGAAACGCCAAAUUCUUGUUGUUAUUAAUCUGAAACAAAGAUAA